UUAGAGACGUUGGUCAUCGUGGCUGGCAAUUAAUAAUUUUUAUUUGUAAUAUAAGUUGCCUAAACUAUUAUAGUUUGUAGGUGUGUCAAAAUAAAACAAGUUGUCAACUAUUUAUUAACCUUAAAACAUUCAUUUGUUUUGUUUAAUUAUUUUUUUAAUUUUAAAGAAAUAUUAUUUAAUAUUUUAAAAAAUAAAAAAAAUGGAUAUAAGUUUACGAUUAUCUUUAAGUGUUUUAAUAAUUCUUUGUUCCGUACAAACAGCAAUAUCAAUAAAAUGCUUCCAAUGUUCUGGAACCAAUUCUACACAGCAUCCAUUUCAAUGUAAUGAAUGGCUAAGUGAUUAUGAUAUGGAACCAAAGUCAUGUGAUAGUGUUUACGGUGCAAAAUAUUGUAUAAAACAUAUCGGUCGAUUCGAAGGUGGUAUUGGAGCUAAACGAUUUUGUUCAUCAUUAGAUUUAGGUAAUUAUUGUAAUUAUGUAAAACAACCUGGUGACAUUUUGGAGUAUCGUACGUGUGUAUUUACAUGCACUGGAGAUGGCUGCAAUUCAUCAAAUCACUUACUAUCAACAAAAUAUCAAUAUCUUCCAUCGAUUUUUAUUAUUAUUUUAUCAAUACUAACUGUACUUUAAAAAUAUAUGUUUAGUGUAUACGUUAUUCUUAGGAACAGUUUUGCAAUGCACAAUUUGCCAAAGUGGCCACAAACCGAAUUAAAACAAAUAUUUCAAAGGCUAUUAUAAUUCGACAUAAAAUUAUCAGUAAAAAGACAAAACUUGACUCAAUAAACUAACAAUCAGCCAUUCACUUAGUUAAUCAGAAUGUGACUCCAACUGCGAACCAUCUGCGAACCAAUCCUACAUUACUCGUUUACCACACGAUUCUCAAUCAUACACAACAGUGUUGCCAGAUUUUCCGUUAAAACGGUACCGUGCGUUAUAACAUUUUUUUCCCGUAAUCUACCGUUUUUUAUUAUUUUGGUGGCGCAUUUAUAAUAAUGAAAAAUCAUUCUAAGCCAUUAUUUUUCGCACCUGAACGUAUAUUUUGAAUUUAAUUUUAAACAAUUUUUGUAACUAAUUAUUUUUGCUAAUUAAGAAUUUUUUAAUUCGGUAAAAAUUCGAAUUUAAGCAAAAAUACAGUCAACCGUAUUUUUAUCGAAUCUACUGUUUUUGUUUUAAAUGGUCUGGCAAAACUUUACACAAACUACGGAUGUGUACAGUUAUCUAUACUACCGAUAAAAAAAAUCAACCAGUUACCAUCUGUAAAUCUGCUAAAAUUCACUAACUGACGAAUCGGCUGAACGUUCUGACCAGUGGAUUGGUUUUAUUGUGAAUGUUAGCCCUAAAUUAUUAUAAAUUGACAGAUUUUAAAUAUAUAUUUAUUUAAAUUUUCAACAAUAUUUUUUCAAAACUAAACAAAAUUCAUUAAAUUUUGAAAUACUAUUCUUGUGGCCACUGUGUAUAGUCUGUUUAUGAAACAAAUUACUAUAUAAAGUACAUGACUAUACAUUAAUUCUUCAUUUGUGUUUGCUCGAAUGACAUAAAUACCAAAGAUUUUGGUAAUUAUUAAAAUGACAAUUAUUGGUCCUGUUCAAAACAGCAAAGUCCUUUAUAUGAUAAGCCAGACACUCAAUCAAAUUAUGAUUUAAAUCAUAUAUAAUGACUAUUUUGUUAGCAAAUUUGUACAAGACAAGUACAGAGUUAGUAAUACUGAGUGUCUAGCUUAAUGAUUAGUAUACUCAGCUCUUUGUUGCUCCGAACACGGCCAUUGUGUAAUUCAAGUAAACACUAUAAACAAUGUUGUUUAAAACUGACUCAAAUAGACAUGAAUCUCUUUAAUUUUAAGCACAAAAUCAUUCCAAUUAAUUUGUAAAUUUUGUUGACAACGGUCAUUCAUUGUAGUACCUACGUAAUGUUUUGUAUUCA